AUGGAGGCGGCUGGCACCUGGGCGCUGCUGCUCGUCCUGCUGCUACUCCUGCUGAGCCUGACGCUGCCCGCGAGCCGGGCCCGAGGCCACCUGCCCCCGGGGCCCGCGCAGCUGCCGCUGCUGGGGAACCUCUUGCAGCUGCGACCCGGGGCGCUGUACUCCGGGCUGCUGCGGCUGAGUAAGAAGUAUGGGCCAGUGUUCACUGUCCACCUGGGCCCCUGGCGGCGCGUGGUGGUCCUGGUUGGGCACAAGGCUGUGCAGGAGGCCUUGGGAGAUCAGGCUGAGGAAUUCAGUGGGCGAGGAACAUUGGCUACGCUGGACCAGACUUUUAACGGUCAUGGAGUUUUCUUCGCCAAUGGGGAGCGGUGGAGGCAGCUAAGGAAGUUCACUAUGCUGGUUCUGCGGGACCUGGGCAUGGGGAAGCGAGAAGGCGAGGAGCUAAUCCAGGCGGAAGUCCAGCAUCUGGUGGAGGUGUUCCAGGGGACAGAAGGAUGCCCAUUUGAUCCUUCCCUGCUGCUGGUCCAGGCCACCUCCAACAUCGUGUGCUUACUCCUCUUUGGCCUCCGCUUCUCCUACGAGGAUGAGGAGUUCCAGGCUGUGGUCCGGGCAGCUGGUGGUACCUUGCUGGGGAUCAGCUCCCCGUGGGGCCAGACCUACGAGAUGUUCUCCCAGCUCCUGCAGCCGCUGCCUGGCCCCCACACGCAGUUCCUCCGCCACUUGGACACCUUGGUUGCCUUCACUGCCCAGCAGGUGCAGCGGCACCAGGGCAACCUGGAUACCUCAGGACCUGCACGUGAUCUUGUCGAUGCCUUCCUGCUGAAGAUGGCACAGGAGGAACAAAACCUGAGCACAGAAUUCACUGAGAAGAACUUGCUGAUGACAGUCACUUAUCUGUUGUUUGCUGGGACAAUGACAGUCGGAGCUACUGUCCGCUAUGCCCUCCUGCUCCUUCUGAAGUAUCCUGAGGUCCAAAAGCAAGUUCAGGAGGAGCUGAUGCGGGAGCUGCAGGCUGGCCAGGCACCAUGCCUGGGGGACCGGGUCCGCCUCCCUUACACGGACGCAGUUCUGCACGAGGCUCAGCGGCUGCUGGCGCUGGUGCCCAUGGGCAUGCCCCACGUCGUCACAAGGACCACUCACUUCCGAGGAUACACACUGCCCCAGGGUACUGAGAUCUUCCCUCUCCUCGGCUCUGUCCUGCACGACCCUGCAGUCUUCGAGCAGCCAGAGGAGUUCAACCCGGGCCGUUUCCUGGAUGUGGAAGGACGGUUCAAGAAACCUGAGGCAUUCCUGCCCUACUCCUUAGGUAAGCGAGUCUGCCUUGGAGAGGGGCUGGCACGAGCAGAGCUCUUCCUCUUCUUCACGGCCAUCCUGCAAGCCUUUUCCUUGGAAAGCCCAAGCUCUCCAGACUCCCUGAGCCUCCAGCCAGCCGUCAGCGGCCUCUUCAACAUCCCGCCAGCCUUCCAGCUGCAGGUCCGGCCUGCUGACCACCACCCCACUGUGCAGACCAGAUGAAGGAGGAGCUCAGGGAGGUGGGAGCUGCCAGAAUGACAUACCCAGCCUCAGACAGCAUAGUGGACAGGGUGUGUGUCCGGAGCUCCGGGUCCACACCAAAAGCAGCCCAAUUACACCUGCAGCUGUCUCAAGACAACACAGACAGUUGGCCAGGUGUUGGUGCUGGUGUUGACAGUAGUCCCUGUCCCCACCCCCCACCCAUAUACAGCCUCAAGGCCCCUAUUCUGUAUCAAGGUCCCCUCUAGACCCCCUAGAAGAGCUAGAGGACCAAGUGAGGGCCAGCUUCCAAGGCCUACUGCUAGGAAAGAGGCCAGAUCUGACCUCCUUGUGACAUAAAGGUCCUUAUUUUGCAAUAAAAGUUUGUUUCUGGCCCCUGGUCUGGCCCAGA